AUGUCUUCUUCUGAUACCUCCUCUCUUGCCAUUGUUACGGAUGCUGUCAUUGUUUACAAUCAAACGUUGCUCAACAUCAACAUGACCAACAUCACUAAGUUGACGGCCACCAACUAUCUCAUGUGGAAGUUGCAAGUCGAAGUGCUUCUUGCUGUUUAUGGUCUUCUUAGCCAUCUUGAUGGUUAUGGUGAGAUUCCUCCUGCUACGCUCACCACCGCCGAUGUUGUCUCUCCGAAUCCCGCUUAUGCCCUCUGGCUAAGACAGGAUCAGCUGAUUUACAGCUCUCUCCUUGGAUCUAUAUCGCUCUCUAUGCAGUCGAUACUCUCCCGCACCACCACCGCUACUGAGAUCUGGACGACUCUUAGGCAUGUGUAUGUGAAACCAUUGAAUCUCUUUGGCAUUGUUAACUGA